AUGGCACCCUCUCUGGAGGAGCCAGAGCCGGUGGCCGACGUGCUCGCGAACCCGCUCAAGCAGAAGCCGCAGCUCGUGGCCCCAGAGCCGGAACACUGUCCGGGACCGGAGUCGCAACAGGCCGGCACGGCCGACUCGUGCGCUGGCUGCCCGAACCAGGCCAUCUGCGCAUCCGCACCAAAGGGACCUGACCCAGACAUCCCGGUCAUCUCGGCGCGGCUUGCCGACGUGAAGCACAAGAUCUUGGUACUGAGCGGCAAGGGCGGCGUCGGCAAGAGCACCUUCACAUCGCUAUUGGCCCACGCGUUUGCAACAAAUCCCGACAGCACCGUUGGCAUCAUGGACACGGAUAUAUGCGGACCGAGCAUCCCCAAGAUGAUGGGCGUCGAGGACGAGACGAUUCACGUGAGCGGGUCAGGCUGGUCGCCCGUCUGGGUUAUGGACAACCUGGGCGUCAUGAGUAUUCAGUUCAUGCUGCCGAACCGCGACGACGCUGUCAUCUGGCGCGGACCGAAGAAGAACGGCCUGAUCAAGCAAUUUCUCAAGGAUGUCGAAUGGGGCGAGAUGGACUUCCUGCUCGUCGACACCCCGCCCGGCACCAGUGACGAGCAUCUCAGUGUCAACUCAUUCCUCAAGGAGAGCGGCAUCGACGGCGCCGUGGUGGUGACGACACCACAAGAGGUAUCACUACUGGAUGUGCGCAAGGAGAUCGACUUCUGCCGAAAAGCGGGCAUCCGGGUGCUGGGGAUCGCCGAGAACAUGAGCGGCUUUGUAUGUCCGUCGUGCAAGGGCGAGAGCCAAAUUUUCCGGCCGACUACGGGCGGCGGUCGCGCGUUGGCCGAGGAGAUGGGCGUGCCGUUCUUGGGCGCCGUGCCACUGGACCCGCGCAUUCGGAUGGCGUGCGACUACGGGGAGAGUUACUUCGACUCGUUCCCAGACAGCCCGGCCUGCCUGGCGUUUAAAGAGGUGGUCAAGGGGGUGGCUGACCAGCUGGGGCUGGAUACCCAGGAUGUGCUGCCGGACGAAUAA